AUGUCUUCGUCUUCUUCUUACCACUCCAAAGUCGGAAAUUCUGCGAUCUACGAAGAUGGAGACCAGCGGAACUUAACGGCCUCGGAGAAAAAAGCUGCCGAGAGAUUCAAGGAAGGCCAGCCGGGAUCGCAUUCGCUGAAGGAUCCUAAGGACCAGAGGACAAUUUCCAACCGAGUAGCUGCCGAGGAGAAAGGGAAGAAGGGAGACAGCGACGACCUUGAGACAGCCAUGUACAAGAAAGACCCGACUUUGCCUGUCAGUCUCGCGAACUACGAACUAGCUGGUGCGACUACUAAUCAGUCCAUUACAGGCUAA